CGCCCUCUCAUCAGGUCUCUAAAAAUUUCCCCUCUCUCAAAUCGAAACAAAACAAAACUGAAAAUAACCGUUCGUAAUUUUGGGGAAAAAGGGGAAAAAAAUCAUGGCGAAUGCGGAGAUAUUGAAGAGGGAGGACGAAUUCUUCCCUAUCUUUGACCUGCAGAAAGGAGAUAAUGUGAAGUCACGAGGGCAACUGAUUGAGAAGAAAAUCGAUAUUCUUGAGAGCUUGGCCGGCAAGGUUAGUAAUCGGCGAUCACGCAGAUGGUUAAAUGAUCGGUUUUUGAUUGAACUUGUUCCUCGUCUGAAUGUUGAAGAAAUAAGAGGCCUCUUUGCUCCACCUCCAUGGGGUGAUGAUACACCGCUGUCAGCAUUUAGUAUGACAAAUGAUGAAAAGUGGGAUGCAUUUAGAAACAUUGACAUGGAUGCAGAGACAAGAAUGAUAAGGUCAUUGAAUAAAUCUUCAUUGAAAAGAAAGGACCAUGUUGAUAAUGACAAGGUGGCUGCACUGAAAGCAUGGCACCAAGUCGAUUGCCGAAUAAGAGAGGCACUGCGACGUAGUUCUCUUUCUGAUUUGGUUGAAGGAUAUGAGGAGCGCAUAAUGUCAUUUAUUAAAGAUAGCGGUGAAGGAGAAGUGCUUGUGCUGCAUAUUCAGGACCCUUUUCACAGAUUGGUGCUGCAUGGUGUCUGUGAGUACUACAACUUGAUCUCGGUAACAUUGACGACUACAAAGGGUGUUAAGUUGUGGAAGACGACAAAUAUAAAGAAGAAAUUGGGAUCUCGUGGGUCCCCCCCUAAUAUCAGCCUCUCUGGUUUCCUGAAAAUGGCAAAGAAUGGGGUUCUAUGAAGUGUAGACCCCUAGUUUGUACAUUAAUACUUGUUGUAUGGAAUGAUUGGCAGCAAAAUAUUAUGCCUGUUGAAGCCAUGGUGAAUUUAUUGUAGCAAUUAGAUUUAGUUAUGCUACAUGCUUAAAUCCCUGUAAUGCAUAUAUCUAAUGGCAACCAUUGCUGUCAGAAUAAGGCGUGUAAUAUUAUGUGCCUUGGUGAUAAGUCCAGCACUUCCGAAUACGUAAGGAGAAUAUCUUGAAAUACAGGCUUAAUUGUACUUUAA